AUGUGGCUUGGGAUCACAGUUCUGAUUUCUCUCACUCUAUGUUUGGCUGUGGAGGAAACAACUGCUGAUGAAGGAAUCCCUUGCUCAAAGUACCAGCUAGCUUUCAACCGUUCAUGCUAUGAGUUUGUUAGACUCCAGCGUACCUUCGCAAGUGCCCAGAGCUGGUGUGAGAGAAGAGGAGGGCACUUGGUCUUUAUUGAAAAUGAGGAAACCCAAGAGUUCUUGCAGAAACAUAUUGCCGAGGAUCAGGAAUGGUGGAUAGGACUGACCUCAGACUCCCUGCUGAAUGAAACUUCUGACGGGUCAAUGAUUUGGCUGGACACUUCAGUUAUAAGCUACAGUAAUUGGUACAAGGAUCAGCCAUCUCCCUUCCCAUCCACAUGUGGGUAUAUCCUGAAGAAUGCCAAGUACCAGUGGGGUGUGACUGAAAAUUGCAGCCAGGAAUUUGACUUCAUUUGUGAGUUUGAAUCUGGACAGAGCAUUGCUUGUGAUAAUUACAAUGCCACUGUACAGUGUGGAUCAGGAGAAGUUAUUCAAAUUAGAGAGAGCUUCUAUGGACGGAAGACCCCCCACUACUGUGUAUCGGAGACUCCUCUCCAGGAUGAUAAGGAUGAAGACUGUAGUUGGAUCAGUGUCAAAGAUGAAGUAGCAGGCCAGUGUCACGGUCUUCAGGCCUGCCAGGUGGCAGCAGAUGGCUCAUUCUUUGGAGAUCCUUGUCCAGCUUCCAGAAGCUAUUUGUCCAUUCAAUACCACUGCAGGGAAGGUCUGCAACUGGUUGUAGCAGAUACGUGCUUUGUCUUUGAAAAUAUCACGAUCAGUUUGACCUGGUUGCUCUCUCCAUACUCUGGCAACAUUUCCUGCAUUAUUAGCACUGGAGAUGGACACACCAUUGAUCCUUACUACCCUCUAACACUGGUCAGCAAUGUCACAUACAGAUACACAUCUCCUGGGGAGUUUACUGUCUUUGCAGAAUGCACCACCAGUGAGUGGCAUGUGCUGGCACAGAAGCUGGUGACUGUUCGAGAUAAGAUGGAUCGACUGAGCAUUACUGGGUGCUAUAGCCAAUAUGAAACUGGGAACAGCUCUCACUGCCGUACACUGUAUGGGGAGUUGUUGUGGAUUCAAGUUGAACUCAAUGGAGGCAGUGGAGUGACCUACAUCAUACUGGCAGAUAACAUGACACUCACUGAAUCCAGUGCUAAGGAAGGAAUUGUCCCUCACAAUCUGACACUUGACAGCACCUCUCAAGAGCUUCUAGGCCCAGGGAUACAUCAGCUGGAAAUCCAAGCAUCCAGCAACUCAACUGCAUCAGAGAUCUCUGAGAGCAUUGCUAUUCACCUGAUUGAGCCAGUAUCUGGUCUCCAUGCUGCAUUAGUUUCUCACACUGUGCAGCUGGGGGAGGAUUUGGAGGUGAAUGUCUCUGUGUCUCAUGGUGCCCCAGAUAAGCUGAAGUUUGAGGUGAUUGGAUCUAAUGAAACUCACUCUCACAAAGAAGAUGGCCCUCACGGGGAACCUCGGAUAUACAUCAUUCCCAUGCACUCUGAAGGUACUUUCCUAGUGAAAGUGGUGGCCAUGAAUGCCUUCUCAAACAUGAGUGUGGAUCUUGGGUUCAUCACUGUGCUAGCAAACAGUUCUCAUAAAGAAGGUUCUGUUAAGGAAGAAGGCAUCUCUGAAACAAAUGCCCAAAGAACAACUGAUCACAAAAGAAAAAACAAAAUAUAUAUUAAACCAAGUCGCCAUGUGGAUCCUUUCACAACUGUUACACUUGGGUGGCCAGACAACAGUAAUUCCAGUUUCCUUUGGUCCUGCGGAACUUGCUGGCCUGCGUGGAACAAAUGUGUGCAGCAACAGAUAAUCCUAACCAACCAAAGUGAGGUGCAAAUCCCACCUUCCUGCCUGCCUCCUCCAAAAUCAGCAGUGACUGUCACAGUUACAGUCCAAAACCAUGGCAAUGAAGAGGGGCAGGAUGAGCAAUGUCUCUAUGUGACUGCAAAACAAGGACUGCAACUGGAAAUCAGGUGUGAGGCAAACUGCAAGCCAGUGAAUACUAGUGAGGAUGUUAUUUUGAGUGUCUCUGGACCGAAGGAUUCCCAGGCCAUAUAUUAUAACUGGUAUUUAGAUAACACAUUCCAAACCAAGCCUAUGACUCUCCCUCCAGCCUGUGGCCUGACUGGUUUCUGGCAGAGCUCUUUGAAUUUGCUUCAAAGCAACACAUCCUUGUUGAGAAUAAACUGCUCCUUCUUGCAGACACAGGGAGAAGCUUUUCAGAUUAAAGUAACAGCAAUGACUCAGCGUGGCUACGGGGAGGAAACAUACCUUGUCAGCACCGUGCCUCCGCCCCAGAUCCCCACUUGUACUGUGUCUCCCAAGCAGGGAUCAGUGCUCACCAUGUUCACAGUCUCCUGCAGUGCUCCUUGCUUGGCAGGUUCAUGCCAAUCCAGUCACAACAGGCAGCUCACAUACUGCUUCUACCUGAAACCAAAUUCUCUCCUGGACUGUGGUCCGGAUCCUGAACUCUUCCCAGUUUAUCUUCCACUUGGAGAAGAGAAAAAUGAUUUCAUUUUACAUCUGACAAUUACUGUUAGCAACAUCUUUGGAGAUACAGUUCAAACUAAUGCUUCAGUGAAGGUUGGACAUGCAGAUACGAUUGAUGGGAACCUGACCCUGCAGGCUAUUGUAUCUGAGAAGGCAAACACCAUCCUGAAAGACAGCAACAACAGCAUGAGUCUUUUCCAGCUGUAUAAGUCAGUGACCUCCAUCCUUAACCAGGAGAGCCAAGAGGAAAGUUUUAACAUAUCUUCACAGACAAACACACAAAAAGAGCUCCGAGGGCUGAUGCUGACAACUCUCUCUGCUGUUAAUGUGACAUCAAUGCAGACUGCUCUUAAGAUGUCAGAAGUAUUGAAAGAAAUCACUUACAGGAGUGAAGAGCUGUCUGUCUCAGCACAAGUGGAAGCUAGCAACAUCCUAAAAGGUGUCAGUGCUUCCUUGCUCACUGUAAACACAGAGGACAGUAGAGAUGAUCAGAAGCUAAAAGAUGCAGCCAAUUACCUAUUUAAUGCAGUGAGUAACGUUCUUAAAGCUUCUGUAGGAACCAGAGCUGUCAACACUUCAGUGCCAGAGGGAGAACAGAGUUCAGUGUCUCACCAGCUUCUGAACACAGUUGAAAAUCUACAGAGUGCCCUUCUGUUCGGUAAAGAACCAGAUGAUGAACCAACAGUCCUUACCACUCCCUCUGCCACAAUGUAUACACACAGGUUACAAACAGAAAACAUGGAUCGCACAUCCAUUAGUAUCUCCAACUCCAGCUCUGCUAGCUUUACUCUCCCAUCUGCUUCCUCUCUCAGUGUUUCAGGAGUUGAUGAUGAAACAGUGGAUAUAAGGAUGGUGAGCUUUGCCACGAAUCCCUUUUUCUCCAGUGACACCAGUUUUGACGUUAGUGGAACAGUGGGAGGUCUAAGUCUAACUGGUCUGGAUGGCUCAAUGAUACCAGUCAGCAAUCUCAAAGAGAACAUUGAGAUAAUGUUACCAAGGCUUUCAGCAACUCAGGAAGAUAAGAUUCUGUUAAAUCUGGGCAAUUUCAGCACUUUCCAAGUCAAUGUUACCUCAGAAAACACAUCUAUAGUCAUCCACCUGGAAUCUGAACAUGACAUUCCACUAAUACUCUAUUUAGGGUAUGCUUAUCAUCCAAAUGAAACUAACUACGUUUUGAAAAAUCAUCUGUUUUCAUUUCUAUAUAUACAUCAACACUAAAAUAUUUAUGUUCAAGGUGAGACAAACACCUGGGUUCUUAGCCCAGAAGAACUCAUUUUUGGAGAGGGAACCUACUAUUUCAUGGUUUUACAAGAUAUGGGAAUGGAUUCCACAGCCUAUGACAGGCUAACUAUAGCUGUCACUUGUUUUGCAUCCCGCUGUGUGUUUUGGGAUGAGCACCAGUGGAACUGGAACAGCUAUGGAUGUCAUGUAGGACCAAAAACAAACCCUAGAAGCACACAGUGCCUCUGCAACCAUCUGACCUUCUUUGGGAGUUCCUUCUUUGUCAUACCCAAUGCUAUAGAUGUUAGCAAAACUGCACAGCUUUUUGAUACAUUUGUGGACAACCCUGUGGUGGUGACAACCGUAGGAUGCAUCUUUCUGAUAUACGUGCUUGUGGUUAUUUGGGCUAGAAGGAAAGACAUCCAGGAUGAUGCCAAAGUGAAAAUCACAGUACUGGAAGACAAUGACCCCUUUGCUCAGUAUCGUUAUCUUGUGACAGUUUUCACAGGACACCGCCGUGGGGCAGCCACAACCUCUAAGGUGACUCUCACCCUCUAUGGACUGGAAGGAGAUAGUGAGCCACACCAUCUAACUGAUCCUGAUACACCAGUCUUUGAACGGGGAAGUGUGGAUGUUUUCCUACUCUGUACCUUCUUCCCUCUUGGGGAACUACAGAGUAUUAGACUGUGGCAUGAUAAUUCAGGGCAUAGCCCAUCCUGGUAUGUAAAUCGAGUAUUGGUCCAUGAUCUGGCAUGGGAUCAGAAAUGGUACUUCCUCUGUAACUCUUGGCUAGCUGUUGAUAUUGGUGAAUGUGUCCUAGAUAAAGUGUUCCCGGUUGCUACAGAACAGGACAUGAAGCAGUUCAGCAAUCUGUUUUUCAUGAAGACCUCCAAGGGUUUCCAAGACGGACACAUCUGGUACUCCAUUUUCAGCCGCUCCCCACGCAGCUCAUUCACAAGAGCUCAACGUGUGUCAUGUUGUUUCUCACUGCUUCUCUGCACCAUGCUGACCAGCAUCAUGUUCUGGGGAGUGCCAAAGGAUCCAGCUGAACAGAAAAUGGAUUUGGGAAAGAUAGAGUUCACAUGGCAGGAAGUAAUGAUUGGCUUUGAGAGCUCCCUCCUCAUGUUCCCCAUCAACCUGCUCAUUGUGCAGAUCUUCAGAAAUGUACGACCCCGGCCAGGCACACAGGGGAGAGAGAAGAAGCCGGGAAAGAAUGGACGAGUGUCUCCAAGCCUACCUCCCACCCCACAGGUCACCCCGGCUGUCUCACUCACUCCAGAGGCUGUGAUGAAGGACAUAAGAAGAAUUGCCAACUCACUCUGUAAAGCCCUGAAGACUCCAUCUCUCACUUCAGUACCAGAUCUUCAAAAAUCAACUAACAUCAACACACUUCUGGCAUUGGUUGAGGACAUAAUCUGCCAGCAGAACAGAGCUGGGCAAGAGCUUUAUGAUGACAGCAAGAAGGAUGAUCCUAUAAUUGUCACAUUAGGUGCUAUGGAUAUACAAGAAAAAACAAGAAGCCCAACUCCAGAGAAAGGAAUGUGUGAGCGACUGAAAUCUAGUGAUUACAAUCGCUGCUUGUACAUGCAACUCCAGCAUGUAGAGCUGGAGCUGGAAUUACUGGGGCCCCAUAAAUUUCAGAUGCCUCAGAGUUACACACAAGCUGUUUGUCAGGUUCAGCACAUGAAGAACCUCCUGGAGAACCGGAUCUGCUCAUCAGCGUCCAUCAGUGAGAGGCUGUCCCUUACUCCAAGCUCCUCCAGUGAUGGCAAGAAAACCUCUUUCAAAGGGCUGCCCUGGUGGUUUGUGUUCAUUGCGUGGUUCCUUGUUGCAGCCACCAGUGGUGUAUCUGGGUUCUUUACCAUGCUCUAUGGGCUGCAUUAUGGCAAGGAGAACUCCAUCAGGUGGCUGAUCUCCAUGGCCAUCUCCUUCUUGGAAAGUCUUUUCAUCACACAGCCCUUAAAGGUGCUGGGAUUUGCUGCUUUCUUUGCUCUGGUUCUGAAGAAGGUGGAACAUGAGGAUGAAGAAAACACAGCUGUUGAUGGGCCUUUAGCUGCACCAGGGGAUUCACACCCUCUCUUUGGAGCCCGACGGGACAGUAGAAGUAAUAUUUACCUGCCACCGCCUGUGACUGAUGUGGAGAAAAUGAAAAUCAGCUGCAUGAAGGAGCAGAAAGCAUAUGCCCUCAUCAGAGAAAUCCUAGCCUAUCUGGGUUUUUUAUGGAUGCUGUUACUUGUUGCCUAUGGGCAGAGAGAUCCCAAUUCUUACUACCUAAACAAACACAUUGAGAACAGCUUUACAGAUGGAUUCCACAGUGCCUACAGUUACCAGGAUUUUUUCACAUGGGCAAACACUACCUUGGUCAAAAAUCUUUAUGGAUCAUAUAAAGGAUUCAUUACAGAUGGCAAUUCCAAGCUGGUGGGUAGUGCUCGAAUUCGCCAAGUAAGAGUGAAAGGAGACACUUGCCCUAUUUCUCCCAAACUCCAGCAUGUCAUUCAGGAAUGCCAUGCUCCUUAUUCCACAAAAACAGAAGAUACAUCGGUUUAUGGGGAGCGCUGGAACACUUCGGUUGUUGAUAACUCCUCUGACUUGAGCUCAGCGUGGCAGUAUCAAAGUCAGUCCAAACUGAGAGGGCAGCCCACGUGGGGCAAACUUGCCAUCUACAGAGGAGGGGGAUACGUGGUUCACCUGGGAACUGAUCCUAAGAAUGCCUCCAGAAUUCUCCAGUACCUUUUCAACAAUGUCUGGCUAGACACCUUCACAAGAGCAGUCUUUGUUGAAUUCACAGUCUACAAUGCCAAUGUGAACCUGUUCUGCAUUGUAUGCCUGAUGUUUGAAACCAAUGCUCUAGGGGCCUUCUUCACAAGCGCAGAGCUGCAAAGUGUCCAGCUUUACCCAUACACCAACAGUCUCCACAUCUUUGUGGUUGCAGCAGAAGUAAUUUAUUUCCUCUUUAUUGUGUACUACAUGAUCAUACAGGGAAAACUGAUGAAGACUCAGGGAUGGAGAUACUACCAGAGCAAGUGGAAUCUCCUGGAGAUGGCCAUCAUACUGAUUAGCUGGAGUGCUCUGUCAGUGUUUGUGAAGCGGACAAUCCUUGGGACCAGAGACAUCAGCUACUACCAUGAACACAAAGAGGACUGUGUAAGCUUUAAUGAAACAGCAAGAGCCGAUGCAGUUCUUGGCUACCUGAUUGCGUUCCUAGUGCUUCUCUCCACAGUGAAACUUUGGCACCUCCUGAGACUCAAUCCUAAAAUAAACAUGAUCACUUCAACCCUAAGGAGGGCGUGGGGUGAUAUCUCUGGAUUCAUCACUGUUAUUGCAAUCAUGUUCCUCGCUUACUCCAUUGCUACAAACCUGAUAUUCGGCUGGAAGCUCUCCUCUUACAAAACUCUCUUCAAUUCAGCAGAGACCAUGGUUAGUCUUCAGCUGGGAAUCUUCAACUAUGAGGAGGUCUUGGACUACAAUCCAAUUUUAGGCUCCUUCUUGAUUGGAUCCUGCAUAAUUUUCAUGACAUUUGUGGUACUGAAUCUGUUCAUUUCAGUGAUUCUGGUUGCUUUCAGCGAUGAGCAGAAGCACCACCAGGCUUCAGAAGAAGAGGAGAUUGUUGACCUAAUGCUAGUGAAACUUUUCAGUUUCUUUGGGAUUAAAUGCAAGAAGGAAGAGACACCAGUCACUAAUGACCAACUGGAACAACCUGCUAACGAUUAAACAAUAAUCACAUCGAAAAGUCACUUCUGGGGUAGAAGAUUUACUUUUUAACUACCAGCUAAAGUCGCUUGACUUAGGUUACCAUAGCUUCUGAUUGAAAAGUUGUGUGGUAUUCAACCAAUAAACCAUAGUCGACAUGUUA